GAUGUCGCGACUUCCAUCUUGUUUGCGUGUGCGAUUGCUUACUGAUACAUCUGUAAAUAAAAAAUGGAAGCUGCGGAAUUAUUACAUGUAUGAAUUCCAUGCAAAUAGUGCCUGCUUCGUCCGAUAAAAAAGGGUUCUAACCCAUCUUACUAAAUUGUUAAUCGGGUGUAACUCCACCAUAUUCACCUUCUUCUACACUGUACAGUGACACCGCCCCUCCGAAUGGAUGUGCAUCGCAUGCCAUUCCAGCACAAGCCCGACGAUGGUGACGAAACCCAUAUGAGCUCAUUGAUAAAUGACUAGCAAAGUAUUGAGUUUAUUAGAACCCUUUUAAUUCCUUGAAGACAUUUCUUCAAUAUGGGGGUCCGCAUCACAUCGUGGAACGUAAACGGCAUUCGAAAUCCGUUCGGAUAUCAGCCAUGGAGGGAGAAGAGGACUUUUGAGGCUAUGUUCGAUAUUCUCGAGGCAGACAUAGUUGUCAUGCAGGAAACUAAGAUCCAACGCAAGGAUCUUCAGGACGACAUGAUAUUGGUCCCUGGUUGGGAUGUGUACUUCAGCCUGCCCAAGCAUAAAAAAGGUUAUGCCGGUGUGGCCAUCUAUACACGGAACUCCGUAUGUAUGCCGAUUAGAGCAGAAGAAGGGAUAAUUGGGGUAUUAUGUCCGCCAAAUUCUUCCACUAAAUUCCGAGAUCUUCCGCCAGAUCAGCAAAUAGGGGGCUAUCCAAGACCAGGUCAAUUAGCGGGUCUAGCUGACGAGACGAUGCUUGAUUCUGAAGGACGAUGUGUCAUUCUUGAGUUCCCGGCUUUCGUUCUGAUUGGUGUCUACAGCCCAGCAAAUAGCGAUGGAACUCGGGAUGAUUUCAGACUGGGCUUUCUCGACGCAUUGGACGUUCGGAUACGUAAUCUCAUAGCCAUGGGUAAGAGAGUUGUCUUGACAGGCGACCUCAACGUUAUACGCUCAUCCCUCGAUACCUCUAAUCUAUUUGAACGGCUGAGGAAAGAAGGAAUGAGCAUGGAAGACUUUCUUUCUACUCCAUCCCGGCGUUUAUUUAAUCAACUUAUAUUCGGAGGACAUGUACGACGUCCAAGAGAUGAAAAUAGGGAGAAUGCGGUAUUAUGGGACCUUGGCCGGCUCUUCUAUCCUACACGUGAGGGGAUGUUCACCUGCUGGGAUACGAAAAAGAAUACACGGCCUGCCAACGUCGGUAGUCGAAUUGACUAUGUUCUCUGUAGUAACGAUAUGAAGGCUUGGUUCAACGACUCCAAUAUUCAAGAGGGGCUUAUGGGCUCCGAUCACUGCCCUGUAUAUGCAACAAUGAAGGACAUCGUGGAUAUCGAUGGGAAGGAAGUACACAUCAGAGACAUUAUGAAUCCUCCUGGAGUUUUCAAAAAUGGAACAAGGCUUAGGGAUUGGACGGCGAAGGAUCUUUUGCCGUUGUCGGCAAAGCUUAUUCCUGAAUUUAAUCACCGACGGAGCAUCAAGGACAUGUUUUUCAAGAAACCCACAGCCCCCAAAACCACAUUACCGCUAGUCGCUGAGUCGUCGGAAAGUUCCAGCCAAGAAUUAAGCAAAACUGAAUUGCCUGCAAAUGAAGAGCCAGCUAGUACACCAGCUUCGCAACCCGAGUCAGUAACCUCAGCUCCUUCGCCAACUAAACCAAAGCCAGGUGGCCUCAAACGCACGCCAUCUAGCGUCACAUCAACUAGUAGACCGCAAAAGAAGACAAAAGCAACAUUGACUAAAGAACCCUCUUCAAAGGGGCAAAGCAACUUGAUGGGUUUCUUUAAACCUAAAACCACAGCCAGCCCAAGUACGACUCCCGAGAUGAAGGAGGAUCCUAAGCCAGUAGGGGGGCUUGACGGUAUUUCGGAUAUUGAGGCGUCGGUUGAGUCUAGUAUUACAGACGAAGCAAAAGACACCUCGGAGCCAGUUAGCCCGGGAAGAGUGUUCGAUCCUAUCGAAUCCAAGGAAUCAUGGUCCAAGUUACUGGGCAAAAGAGUAUUGCCCAAAUGUGAACAUGGAGAUGAUUGCGCCAGCUUCGUAGCCAAGAAACAGGGUGUCAAUCGAGGCAGGUCGUUCUUCGUUUGCUCCCGACCAAUUGGGCCAUCGGGGCAGAAGGAAAGGGGGACGGAGUGGCGCUGUGGAACGUUCAUAUGGAGUAGCGAUUGGAAUGGAUCGCAAACAGGGUAAAAUUCAAGGUUGCAUUGACCUUCAAUAUCAUGAAUCGAUGCUCAUGCCAU